GACGAGACAAGCCGCUGAAUUUAAUUCUAUUUAACUAUUAAAUUGAGGGAGCAAAAGUAGUAUCAGCUCCAAAUAUCGGCUCAAGAAAAUCGGCAGUACGUAUCGGUCAUCAGCUAAGGCUCCUCAUCCAACUGACCACCAAUCUGAGGAAGCUCCCUCUUUUGUCCUGGACCACCACCUCCUGCUGUCUGCAUUUUUGUUUCCUUGGAUGGAAGUUUUGUGUUCCUCUGAGCGGUUUUGAGCCGCCAUGCCAGAAAUCCAGUGCCGCUUUGGCUGUCAUAGAAAUGUUCCUGACCAAAGACAGACAAAAGUUAGUGAAAAACAUAAAACAUAAAUUUGAAAGGAUUUUACCACCAAGAUAUUAGAAAAAUGAGGGAGAAAAAUAAAACUGCUAAUGCUGUGUAUUAAAAAAUUUUUUUUUAGAAAAGGAUUUUUUAUUGCAUAAGACUGUAGUGCAGAUUUUGAUUGCAUCUUAAAGUGAUAGUUCAACAUUUUGGCAAAUUCGCCCAUUACCUCAUUACCUUUCAUUAGCUUGCCAAUACUUACAAAGCAGAGACGGAGUGUUAACUGUAGUACACAGAGUUGAAGCAGACUGUACAGCCGCUCUUUCCCUCAAAACUAAUAAAUAACACACCCCAACAAUUUCAAAACACUCCUAUGGACACGUCAUGGCUUGCAACGAGUCGAGUUGAGUGCCUAAACAUAGCUCUACUAAAAUCUCUCUAACUUUGCAGUGCUUCACUAUAUUAGCAUGACACUUGGCACAGAUAAUGUUCAGAUGUUAUGCUACAAUUUCAAGAGGUUUUGGGCUACAGUAGCAUAAUUCAGAAGGUGUUAUUCACUCUAAAAAUUUAAAUUUUUGUCAGGCGGAAAUUAAAUAUGUAAUUUAUGCUGUGUUCAAUCUUCAUUUAUUAUGACCCAGUAACAUAUAUGGUCCUUUCACCUCUACAGGCAUCUCACAAGUGUUACCUUUAUUAUGAUACCUAUAUUAUUCAUAUAGACCUUGUAGUUGCAGAGAUUGACUAUAUUCAUGUUGGAAAUGUCAUUUUCGAGCAGGACCCUGAGCCAGAGGCCUAGGGAGGUUAAAGACUAAAAAAGAAAUUCAUGACUUAUGCAUCAACAUAGCCAAAGUUAUCCAAAAAAAGUAUGUUUCUGUAUAAAUACAUUUAAAAUUGUAUAAAGGGAUUUAUUGAUACAAUUCAAAGUACAAUUCAAAAUUAGCUAUGUAAUCAAAGUAAGACUUACAUAUCCCUUCCUGGAGAGGGGAUCUUUCAAUGCAGGGAACAAGGUAACAAUUCCCAGUGCGUAUUUCUCUUUAUUGGUUCGCUGAGGGAUUCUCGUGAAGAGAAAUACAGUUUAUUCUUGUUUGUUUAUUAAGCUAUUAAGCAUCAGUGCUUUAUAAGGGUGGAAUAAUACUAUUACUUAAGUAAUGAAAAUCACACGCAGUUUUCUGUAACAAGACUGUCUUGUAUAAGUCAUCAUCCGUGUUCACCAGAGCGCUUUUUUAAACUUCCCUGGGAUCUGUAUAAUUCCUCCGAAAAGCAGAUCAUAUACCAAAGUAAGAUUAUUUACUGUAUAAGAUUGUAUGAUCACCUACCCCUAUCCUGGGUAUGUUGAACUUGCUUCGUAGUAUAGGCUCCAGGUCAGAGGACCUAAGGCUACAUCCAUAUUACUAUAUUUUUAAAACCCAUCAAGGUUGCUACGUUUAGAGCUCUCGUUCCACACAACUCCAGGGUGUUUACACCCCAAAAAUUGAGAACUUUGGAACCUCUGCUGGCCCAGUUUUAGUUUGCAAACUUUGGGGGAGCUUUGUAGGGUUGGGCAAAAAUUGCAGGGAUUUAGAAACUGUCACCAACAUUCGUCUUCUUAUUGGUUCUUGUCAGUCACAACUGAUCUAACAGAGGUGAAUGCCCUAGUUUCCCGGAUGUAGAAGUGACGUUGUGACCAAGGUCAAGCUAGAGCACCGUAAUGGCGGAAAGGGGAGAGACGAACACUGAGGGAAACAUGGAUGAUGAAGGACAACUCGUGUUUUAAAAGAACAGCUUGUCUGUUAUUCGGGAGUAUUUUGAAUACAGAAGAGAUGACGUGAUACAAAGGCAAGUAUUCUGCAAGUCAUGCCGAACACUUGUGGCAACUACCAGGGGGAACACGACGUAUCUUCAUAGCCACCUGCAACACAACCACAAAUAACUGUACGAGGAGUUAAAAAAAACUAGCUAGAUUUCUACAUUCCAUCACGGAAUUACUUCACCCAAGUGAAUUAUUCCAAAAAUGUUCGACACGUGUCGGAAGACUGUGAAAGCAGAGCUGAGUCAAGUUGAGAACGACAGAGCCUUAUUUGACCCUCACAGUGCAUUUUCUCACUGAAGACAUCAAACUUAAAACCCAAUCCCAGAAUUGCACACCAGUGAAAAUAUAGCUCAUGUACGGCGUGAUGUGUUUGCCAGCUGGAAAUUAAAUGAAGAGCCGUAAGUGUGUAUCGCCACGGAUUCGGCCACAGGAUGCAUCUCGCUAUCGAAAAUGCUAUUAAAGAUGAUGACCGUAUUGCUAGAGCUGCUGGGCUUUUCAAAGAGUUGGUUGGACAUUUCUCCCAUAGCUACAAACAGAAGGUGGCACUAAAAGAAGCACAAAAGGAACACAGCCUCCCAGAGCACUCACUCAUCACAGAAUGCCCUACCAGGAGAGUUAACACAAGGGGAGCUGUACUCGGCCAUCAAGAAAGAGAAGGAGCAGACGGAGCCAGGAGACUCCAGCACCACACAUUUCAGUGGAGAGAUGCACUUCUAUGAAUUUGUGGAAGACACUAAAGAUGGGAUCUGGCUGGUUCAGGUCAUUGCCCAGGACCAGGAAGCUCUGCUCAGUAAGUCCAACUGGGGUAAGAUGGUGCAGAAAGUAUCUCAAUUCGGGAUCAGAACUGGAACCUUUAACUGCUCUAAUGACUACAGGUCAUGUAUCAAGCGUGGCUGGCAGCACUCCACUCUCAUCAUGUCUGUUCCUCAGACUUCAGCGUCCAAGGGCAAAGUGAUGCUAAAAGAAUACAACGGCUGUCAUAAUGAAAUUGAACACAUUUUCCGCUGGAUGACCUCACAUGUGGCUCAUCGAAUUAAAACCCUGCGUCAGUCUGAGCAGCUAGUGGAGGAGUGGCGCUUUGACCCAGCCCACCCAGUGAAGAUGUUUCUGUUUGCCCGACUGUCUCAGCCCCCCGCCUUCUUCUCCUCGCUGUCCAUCAAGUUCACUGGCAGGAUUGAGUUCAUCUUUGUUGAUGUGAGUCACUGGGACAACCACAGCAGCCUUAAGGAGAUCGGUGUGACACAUAGCCCUGCCUACAUCUUCAAGAUGCCUGAAGGCAUCUAUCGCUAUGGCAACAGUACGGGGGAGUUUCUGUCCUUAGCUGCCAUGGACACUUUCCUGCGUUCGGUCCAGCCGGAGGUCAAUGACCUGUUUGUCCUUAGUCUGGUCCUCAUCAACUUGCUGGCCUGGAUGGAUCUCUUCAUUACACAGGGAGCAACAGUGAAACGAUUUGUAGUUCUGAUCCGAACACUUGGAACCUACAACUCCAUCCUGCUGGUGUCCUGGCUUCCUGUUCUGGCUCUGCUCCAGCUGCCUUAUCUGGACACUCUAUAUGGUUACAGUCUAAAGCUGCUUCGUUAUGCUGACACCACGACACUGGCCAGUCUGGUGAGGGCUGACUGGACCUUCUACUCAUCCCACCCUGCUCUAUUUCUGUCCACCUACCUGGCCCAUGGCCUACUAGUUGACUUAUUUGAGAAGAAACGCCGCUGUGGUAUCAGGAGCCGAGAGGAGAGCACCACAAACCUGGAGUGGCUGGCCAGUCUGUGGGACUCGUAUACUUCUUAUCUGCUCCACCCUAUUGCAUCACUGCAGCAGGUCCCAACGGACCACUCAGACUGGGAGGAUGAUCCUAACUUUUUGUUUGAGCGUUUGGCUUUCCCUGAUCUUUGGCUUCACCCAUUAGUGAAUGUGGACUACAUUAAAACCCUGCCAACGUGGAGGUUCAGAGCUGUGGGUCAGCAGCAUGGGGGCAGCUCUGGUGUACAGCCGCAUGAAGAGACAGAAAGUUAUGUUUCAGACACAGAUAAUUUUCCUCAUACAGGUCCCAGCACACCUCAAAACGAGAGUGAAAGGCAUAAGAGGUCACUGUCCAGUAAGAAUAGCAGCACCCAGUUGUGUCUGUACAGCAAUAUGGAGCCUAGCAGCAACCAUCUGUGUGUGUGUGACAGGGCAGUAGAUAACAGCCACCUCACACCUCCAGCUGUCUCUAACCAGCAGCACUGUGACUGGUUAGUGUGGCCCUGUGAUAUGCUGCAGUGCUCAGAAUGUGUGGUGUGUCUGGAGAACUUUGUCAGUGAGGAGCUGCUGAUGGGUCUGCCCUGUGGCCAUGCCUUCCACCAGCAGUGCAUUGUGGUUUGGCUGGCAGCGGGCCGACACUGCUGUCCAGUGUGUCGCUGGCCCAGCUACAAGAAGAAACAGCAGAGAGGUGCAAAGAUCAACUCUGCUGAAAACACUCUGCAGGACUGAUGGAUAGGUCUGACUUAGCCCUGCCCAUCUCCAUUGCCUCUCUACUCACUGCCCACAGGCAGUCAUCAUCACAGCUAGCUUGUAGUAAAAGUCGGGACAGGGGAGGCGAGAAGGAAGUGUGAGUUGAAUUGAAGAGGGGUGCUGUUGUCAUUAACUAACAAUCAUCUUGUUUCCAUUCCUGUUGAAGGCAAUGGUCUGGCCCUCAUGACAGACAGAUGGAAGCCUACAAAAUUCACCAUGGUCCCUGUAUAGAGAGGCUUCAGAUUCACACGCUAAUCACAGUUCACAAACUUUGCACUGCAAUAAAAACAUAUUUCCUUGUUGUUUGUUUGCAGGACUGUGAGGAUAUUAGAUUACAUUCUAACCAGGUACCACCAGAGUGACUACAGGCAAGACAAGAAGCUACUUAUCAAGCAAAUUGCCUUAAAACACACACGUCUGUCCUAGACCAAUGACAUACUUCUUAAAAAAAAAAAAGAUUAAACUUUUAUAUGAUGUAUGUCCAUGAUAUCAGUACAACAAAAGAAAGAAAGUCCUCCUCUGCCUUGUCCCCACCAACCACUCCUUAGAAUCUUUAAUAUGUAUUUGGAUUAUUCAGAACAUUUCCUGCCCCACCACUGUCAUCAGUUUCUACUUUAAUUCGGCCCUAUGACGUUUCAUAGUGUCUCUAGUACUUUUGAAUUGCAGCACUUAAACUGUGAGUCAUCUCCCCAGGAGACAAGCAAAUGUGCUUUUUAGGAUUCUUGUUGUUAGUUAAUGGUUUCCUGCAUCACAGUCCCCCUGGUUGUAACCGACUAGUUUAAUGUGCAUUAAACCACAGAGGGACAGGCUUUAAACAGGUUGCUCAUACAAGAAGAUGAUAUUCCCGAUCUGAUUCUAUCAAAUUGGCUCUGGGUCAACCCUUAUUAACAGAACCAGUAGAGACUCAUUGGCAUUACCUGCCCCUGCCUGUUGGUUAAAAUGUUCUGUCAAAGAGAGGCAGGAAAGUAUGACACGUAACACUGUUGUGGUAUACUGUUUGACCUUGUGCUCACUCAAGACAAGACAACUGCAGAGUUUGCACUUUUCCACCUGUACGUGUUGAUGUCUACAUGCACUAACCACAACACUAAAUCUUGUCAACACCCAUGUGUUAGAGAAAGGGGUUUGCCAUAUGCUUAUGUAUCAGCAAUGCUUCAGGUAUACACACGUUUUUGACACAAAUGAGUGGUAGAGUAUGUGACUGUGCUGUCAAGCUAGAAAACUAACCACAGUUAAAGCUACUCCCACCAGGGGUCACAGACAAUUAUCACCAGUUCAGCAGUUCCCCUCGGCUUCUCAGAGCACUCUAGCAUUUUUUUGGCAUUUUCUCUCACCAACAUCAUUUACUGCUUCAAACAGCAGACAGACGGUAAAAGCGAGCAUCUGGUGAACAUUGGGGAGCAUUUAACAGCUGAAGAGCCCGAUAUUUUCCUCGGGAGGUGGUAGAGACUAAACACAGAGCUAAAAGAGAGGGAACACUGGACUUGGAAUUAUCACAAGAUGCAUGUGUUCGUGGCUGCCUUACCAUUGCUUUACCAAGAAGGGACAUGAAACAACCGCAUAUGAAUUUUACAUGGUGGGUGUCAUCAAUCUGUCUUUAUAUAAACCCAUUUCAUUAGCAGUGAAGCUUAUGCUGAGGAACAAAAAGGUUUGAGGGGAAUAAACAAAGUGCACGCAUGGUUUUUAUUUUUUUCCUCAUGAAUCUCAAUGUUGUCUUGACUCAAUAAAAAGGGAGUAAAUAACUUCCAUUGAGCUGUGACUUGCUGACAUCAGGAUGUGCGGCUCUCACUUCCAUCUGCUGCUGACAUAUCCAAAUAUGUUUUCUCAAAUAAUAAUAAUGUUGAAGGGAUAUUUUCACAUUUUGAAUUGGAUGUUUGUUUGGAACCAUAUUUUUUUUUAGCCUUGAGUUACUGUACAGUAUGAAUGACUUGCUGAUAAUAGAAUAUGACUGGGUAGUAUUGUUGCUGCUACCCUCUGGCAAACAGAUUUUAGCAAACUAGGGAAGCAUAUCUUCUGACUUGCAUAUCUAUUGCCUGACCUUUAGGUUACAGUUUAACUCUUAAAACACAUUCUUUGCUAAUGAUGACUCAUUAUGAAUACAACUCGAAGUGGCUGCUAGCAGACUGUCACUUUACCCUGCAGUUUCAAAAAAUCCUGAUCUCAAAUGUCCAAAACUAUCAACCUUAAGUGCAUAGACUCAUCCCGCUCAUUCCUGCUGUAGGUGAAUGGCAAGAAAAGAAACAUGCUGUUAAAGUCUACAAAAUAAAAGUGUUUUAGAACUU